UAUCCUUGACUAGUCCAUCUAGUAUUCUCCGUCUCCAUCCCGCCGCCAUGGCACGGAGGCGGUGGCCAGGCCUCGCGCCGGACGUGAUCCGCGACAUUGCCGGACGGCUGGACCACGCUGCGGAUUUCGUUCGCUUCCAUGCUGUCUGCAAGCCAUGGCGCGAGUCACUCGACGCGGAGCCGCCCUUGUUCCAGACGAAGAAGGGCCAGUUCAUGCCGUGGCUCCUCGCGGCGGCCGACAAAGACUCAACGCCCCUCAUCAGGUUCAGAUGCGUCUUCUCUAAUUCCAGCUACCGCGCAUGCUGGCCACCGCCACCAUUGGCGACCCUGGGGAACUGGGUGUGCAGCGCGGACGGCACCGCCGUCCGGUACCUCACCGUCGAACAACAUCGCCCUAGCCUCCAGGAUUUUCUCACGGGAGAGGUCACGCAGAUGCCUCCCUUCCGGCGAUACUUCGAUAGCCAUAGCUAUUGGGACGAGGAUAAUCUCCAUGGCAUGGUCUACGGUGAUGGCACCAUCCUACUCUACGACUACGACAGAACCUGGAUACCUUACCAUGGCAGCAGGGCUAGGCUUAGGGCGGCCCUUCUGUGCCCGGGCGAUGCAGAGUGGAAGCUCGUCGGGAGGACACAUGAGAACGCCGGCAGGCACGGCGAGUUCUGCUCCACGUACCACGGUGGCAGGAUCCUGGUCGGCGUGGGGGCUAGCCUCUGCCGCGUCAUCACGCCAGAUGUUGGCCCCCGUGGUGACUUGCUGGUCUCGAGGCCGUGUGACGGCUACCUUGGUCAGGAUAGCUAUGUCCUCGAGUCCCGUGGCAGGCUGCUAUGGGCAUCGGUUAAUUAUGAGUUCGUGCACAACGAAGGCUUCAAGCUAGGUCUGACUCCUGCGCUCUCGGUGUGGGUGCACACCCUAGAGGAGGAGGCGUCGACACCGGAAAAGUUGCGGUGGGUGAGAAACGAUGGUGGCAGCCUGGCCGAUCGGGUACUGUUCUUGGGGUCACCCAGCAGCUUCGCAAUAGACGCCUCGCCGUUGGGCGUCGGCCGUGGUUGUGCCUACUUCGUCUAUGAUACGCUCGUUCCAAAGCGUCACUUCGGUGUGUUCAGGUACAACUUCGUCCAUGGGAAGACCGAGUUAGUGGAGUGUCUGCCUCCUGGAUGGGAGAGAGGGAAGUGCACAUGGUUCCUCCCACAACCCGGUAUUGCUCCGAUUCAGGAAAUUGCUAAGAGGCUGUCGAAGGCUCAGUAACUGAUGCAGAUGCAUCAUUCGUAUCUCAAUGCAUUACGUGCCUUGUUUCUGGGUGAUGGUGCGCAAUCUGCCUCCCACGGUGAAUAGCUCUCAGCUUGAAAACUUGUUCAGCAAGCAUAACGAAGUGUGUGACGGCGAGGUACUAUACAAAAAAAAAGAUCACAUGGUCUUGCCCAUCCCAUAGAUGCUUUGGAUGCUCUCCGGACUGUUUUUCGGAUAGAUGCAUUCUCGAGUUUACCUUAGGCAAGUAGUAAUUGUUAUGGUACCUUAGUCAAGUAUAGUAAUUGAUCGUCUUAUUGGUAAUUAUUGCGGGGGGAAAUUAUGUAACUCCAUAUUGCAUAUGCCGUCUAGUC